CCGAGAGUCAGCACCGCGGACAGCGACCGCCAGCCUCUCGCCCACCCGGGGAGCCACCGCCGUCCUUCUGUUCCUCUUAACGCAUCGCCCGAGGCGCACGCCAUGGCCGCGGAGACUUACCUGCAAGCCGCGCAGAUCUCAGCGUCUCAGUUUUUCGAGAUCUGGCGUCAUUACGACUCUGACGGAAAUGGGUACAUGGAUGGGAAGGAACUGCAGACUUUUAUCCAGGAGUUGCAGCAGGCACGAAAGAAAGCAGGAUUGGACUUAAGUCCAGAAAUGAAAAAAAUUGUGGACCAGUUUGCACAGACUUCUGAUGGCAAAAUAGGAAUUGUAGAGCUUGCUCAGAUAUUACCAACAGAAGAGAACUUCCUCUUAUUCUUUAGGUGCCAGCAGUUGAAAUCAAGUGAAGACUUCAUGCAGACAUGGCGAAAAUAUGAUAGUGACCAUAGUGGCUUUAUUGAUGCUGAAGAGCUUAAGAGCUUUUUGAAAGACUUGCUACAGAAAGCAAACAAGCAGAUUGAGGAUUCAAAGCUGUCAGAAUAUACAGACAUCAUGCUCAAGAUGUUUGAUGAAAAUAAUGACGGAAAACUGGAAUUAACUGAAAUGGCCAGAUUGCUGCCGGUGCAGGAAAAUUUUCUCAUUAAAUUUCAGGGAGUCAAAAUGUGUGCGAAGGAGUUCAAUAAAGCAUUUGACACAUUUGAUUCAGAUGGAAAUGGCUAUAUAGAUGAAAAUGAAUUAGAUGCUUUGCUGAAAGAUCUCUGUGAAAAGAACAAAACGGUAUUAGAUAUUAACAAUCUUGCACAGUACAAGAAGAACAUCAUGGCCUUGUCUGAUGGAGGAAAACUUUAUCGAACAGAACUUGCUCUUAUUCUCUGUGCUGGGGAAAACUAGAUCUGUUUGAUCACAUCUAACUUUACUAGUGAUAUACCUUUAAAAGAAAACAAAACAAAUAACAAUAACUGUGCACUAUAAGGGAGUAGGCUUUACUUUCUUUUAUACCUUGUAAAUUUAAAACUGCAUGUAGAUAAUUAGCCAAGAUAUGUGGCUCAUUCUUUUCAGCUUGUUUCUAUACUGUUUGUAAUGUACAGUUUUUGUAACUAUAAGAUCGAUAAAGAGGAUGUCUAUGUUUGGGUCAGUCUGUCGAUUCAUUUACAAACAAAAAUAACAUCCCGCAAAUGGUUAUGCCUUCAUGGAAAGUGCUGGAAGAUUAUUUUAACACUCAGCUAAUACUGUUUUAAGCUUUUCCUGUCCUUUGAGAAUUGCUACUACAGCAAUAAUGGUGGCUAUUUAUUAAACCGGCCUUUCUGAUCAUGAUAGAGAGAAUCACAAGUUCAGAAUAACAACAUAGUUGUCAACACAAGAGAACUUAAGACAGAAGUGGGCAAAGUGUGGUAGUCCAGGUAGAUUGCAGUUUCUAUCAUUCCUCACCAUGGGCUGUGCUGCCUAAGACAACACAUGAGGAGAAACUCAUGGGCUAUGUUGGCUAAAUGGAGAAGCACACCUUACCUACCACUGACCGUUGACAUGUCUGGCUGACUGACUUGUGGGAAUGUCAUCCCAAGGGGAAAGCACAAUAGAUUUCGGUGACACAUGUGAGCAGGAAAGAGAGGAUGGACAGGCUCCACUAUGGUCUGCAUUCCAGAUGGCACUGCUGCCUGCUGGCUCGGUCAGUUGAUUACAGGGAAACCCUUCCUAAGAGAUGGAGGGGAUGCAUAGGUAUUGGGUAUCAUAGCGUGUAUGGAAAUAGAACUCCAUUUGAAUGUUGAGCAUAACCUGCGACAUAUUUGCCCCAAGAACUGGCCAAUCCCCCACUGAUGAGUUAUUUGAAGCAGCUGAGGAAAGUUCAGUAAGCAAAUCUAUUACUUGGGCACUACAUUAUGUGCAGUGUUUCAACUAACGGGGGAGAGAUUUAGGGUUCAUGGCAUAUAAGCAGAAAUAAUAGAAAACUUAGCAGUGCUAUGGCUUACUUUCAUAGAGUUAAUGCCCACUCUAUCAUUAACUUCACAGAUAUCCAGUGUCCCUUCCUUUACACACUAAAGUGAUAGGUACCUCAGCAUACAGAGGCAAAGAAUUUCAUGAGGAGCCUUUAAGCUACUGUUGUAGCCAAGCAAAUGCAACAGCGUCUUUUACUGGACAACCUGUAUGCUUAUAAACAAAAGAAUACAAUAAACUAAAGGGAAGCAGAAUAAUUCAGAUACCAAUUGGCCUCGUACUAUACUUUAACCUUUUGCUUUAAUGACUGCUGCUAUGUCAGAGAGAUACAAUUCAUUUUCUAAAACUAUUUCCACACUUUGCAGAAUAUUCUCAUUCUUGCAAACUGCUGUUUUUACAUCAUUCUGUGUAAUCUGUAAUUAAAUUUAAUAUACUAAGACUACCGGUGUCCAGU